GUCCUCCCAUUCUCACUGCGCAUGCGCGGCACAGGGAGGGUGCAGCGCGGCGAUCGGUGGUGCGCUCUGUCCCUUGGACACAGCGGAUCACCGAUCACGGAAAGAGCCGAAGAUGUCGGCUCGGUCAUGUGAUCAGCUGUGUCCAAUCACAGCUGAUCACAUCUGGCAGCUUGAGAGGAGAGCCGGUAAUCGGCUUUCCGCGGAGGGAACAUGUACACUAAUCAUCAGGGCACUGAUGAUCAGUGUUCCCUGAUGAUCAGUGUGGCCCCAGAAGUGCCACCUGUCAGUGUCCAUCAGUGCCAGCAGUCAGUGCUCAUCAGUGCCUCGUGCCAGUGCCCAUCAGUGCCACAUAUCAGUGCCUACCAGUGCACAUCAAUGCCACAUAUCAGUGCCCAUCUGAGCUGCCUUUCAGUGUCGCCUAUCAGUGCCAGUCAGUCCCGCCUAACAGUGCCAGUCAGUGAUGCCUGUCAAUGCCCAUCAGUGCCACCUACCAGUGCCUCCUCAUCAGUG